AUGCAGCCUAUUCACUGCACCAACUGUGCCCGAUGCGUGCCCGAGGAUAAGGCCUUUGAGAAGUUCAUCAUUCGAAACAUUGUAGAGGCCGCAGCGGUCGGGGACAUUUCUGAAGUGAGUGUUUUCGAUGCCUAUGUGCUUCCCAAGCUGUACGUGAAACGACAUUAUUGCGAGAGUUGUGCCAUUCACAGCAAGGUAAUCAGGAAUCGUUCUCGGGAAGCCCAGAAGGUUUGA